GAAUAAGGGAUGGCUAUAAAGUCUCGUAAUUUCUACAUAGUGUUUGCUUACUAAUAAAUCUUUUUUCUAUUUAGAAAACUAGUGUAUACUUGGUUUAGUGAAGAAGUUGUGUGGAAAAUUUAUCUGAAGUUAUACACGAUGUAUCGUCAGGCCAUUCUGCAAAUUCUCCCUAAAUGGCAUUUUUGGAACAACAGAGUAUGUUUUUCUCAUGUGCGACUUAAGGAGAACUUUCAGAAAACCUUAGAAGUUAUCAAGGAAAACAACAGAGCCCAAAAAUUCUGCGGUGUUCUCAUAAACGCUAAAGAAGUCACUCAAGAAUCUGACUGUAUCUCUCUUCACCCUCUCGUAGAAAUUACCCUGAACAAAGAUGAGUUAAAAGCUCGUUCAAUUAUCUGUGAGCUAAAAGAAAUCAUUCAUAAAGAUAAGCCUGAAUAUAUUCUAAUUGAUACGAUCUUAAAAGCGCUUAUAAAUAGCUCUAAUGAAACACGUCAGCAGCUUAUUUCACUUCUCUUUAGUAUUGAUACGGUUAAUUUCUUGAAUCCCAAGAGCCAGAGUUCAAAAGAAUACUUAAAAUAUUUCAUAAGUGAUGUUGAAUGCUUUUUUAGAAAUGCAGAUGAGAUAGAUCCUAAUAGGAUUUUAGAUACCCAAAGAGCUUUAAAAAUGGUUGAAAAUAGAUUAUUUAAUGAUACAUACCAAGAUAUGUCAAAUGUUGUAUAUCCGUCUUCAAUCUCUUAUUUGUAUUCAAUAGUGCACAGCGUAAUAUUUGACGAAGGUAAUCACUCUGAUGAUCAUAAUAGAGAAAUCGAAGCUUUAAUGUCUGAUGCUGUUUCACUAAUUUCAACUAGGUUAUUUCUACUACACAGUGCCUCAAAAUCUAUUAUAGAGAAAUGUUUAUUGGCACGAAGAUCUUCACUUGCUAUUGACAGAGAUGAUUCUAAAUGCGAAGAGAUUUAUUUGCAGCAGUUUAGAGAUUGUUACUAUAUUUUGGACGAGGUAAAUACGAACUUUUUUGUAAUAUUUCUUUAAAAAGUGACAAUGUUCUUGAACACUGAUAUUUCAUGUACCGUUUACAGGGGUAGGGUUAGUCAAGCUUUGCCUUCUGUGAAGCCCCUCGGUACAUAUUUCGCCUCUCUAUACAGCAUUUUUGUCUUGAUAGUUCCAGGGGUCGCAUUCACCCUAAAAUUCAUAAAAUUCCUAAAACUAUGUGCAAUCCCUAAAAUUCCUA